CUCCUCUACGCGCGGAACCUGCUGGCGGUGGACUUCCACCACGCACGGGCCGUGCAGCUGGUGAGGAACUACGUGGCCUAUCGGCACCAGCAUCGGGGAGGCAUUUUUCCGGACUACGCGUGGUUGAAACUGGGCAUUGCUGUCCUUCCCUUUGAGGACGUGAUGGGCCGCCCAGUGAUGAUAGCGCGUGCCAAGCAUUUUGAUUCGCAGACAUCGGCUGAGACCUUCCGCUGCUUUUACCGUGGAAUGGUGGAUAGCAUCAUCGCCCACUUUCUGCUGAAACGCCGACCGGAGCUGGAUGACCGGAAUCCCUUGGAGCAAUAUGCGGCUUGGGUUGGCACUGCAGCACGGAAAGGGUUGGCAGAAAUCCCGCACCAGGCGGGUAUACAAGCGUGUCUACUAAUAGUGACCCAGUUUUAUACGCACUUAAUCCACGCUCUCAAUAUGAAAUACUGCAAAUAUUGGGACUAUAACGGGAGAAACCAUCUACCAACUGGUGCGGAAUUUAUUCCAUACAGUAUCUAG